AAAUCAUUCCCAGAUCCCACGUCGACCCGAUCGAUUACAUAAUCCAUGAAGUAUUUUAAGUUUCCCCCAAAUUUGUUAAACCCUAAUUGAAAUCGAUCGACGCAUCAAUGGCGACCAAAAACCCUAACCCUAACCCAAGACACUGAAGAUCAGGUGGGGGCAGAGAAAUCCAGAAAGGACCCACCACCAGUUAAUUCAAAUCUAUCUUGCUCAGCAAUGGAGAUAACCAAUCUACAUGUGGUAGGGUACGUACGUACUUGUGCUUUAUUUAUUACAUGGAGGACACUGGAGACCCACUUCGCCAUGGAUUUGUUGGGUGCUCUGAGAGUGAAACUGAAAGCAUAUGCAUUAAUAUUUUACUGCCAUCCUUCGUUAUCAUCAGCCCAUGAUUUGGCAGGUGCGAUUCUGCAGUCUUUGUUGCACUUAUUUAAUGUCUUUGGGGCCAAAAUUUAUCACAGUUUUAGCUCUAGUGUUCGAAAACUAUGAGUUGAGAGCCUUAUGUAAUGAAUCAAAUGUAUAGUAACUGAAUUGCAUUGAAAUAGUUGUACAAGAUUUCGAAAAAAAAAAAAUUGAAAGAGGAAGAAGCAAGUAGACAAGAAACAGUGGAAUGGAGGUGUUGUGUGUCGGGACAUUGGGUUAGGAGUGGACAUCAUGGGUUGGGACCUAUUACAUGUGAACAAAAGCUAUGCUCAAUUAUUCGAACACGGCUGGCUUGAUCGAUCUCUCACUUUUUUUUCUUGGCCUUUUUGGUUCAUUCAUGGAUGCAUAUCUGUUGUAGGGGGAUUUAUGUUACUGAAUUUUCGAUUAUAUUCCCAUAAUUAAGAGCAAAAUGGUGUUACAAGGGAAGAGGAAAAGGAUUGGUCUGAUUUGUGGAUGAUAAUCGUUUCCAACGGGGCGAAGUUGCUGUUUUGGCACUAUCUUAGCUGCAUCUCCCACCACACACUCCAUACCGAAUCUCUUUUACCCUCCACACUUGCAUUUGCCCUAAGUUUCUCCACAUAUUAUCCGGAAUACAAUUAGGAAUGGGGGGGCCUAUAAAGGGGAUUCUCCCGACCGAUGAUGAUUGGCUUAGCUGGAAGAAUUAGAUCAGAGAAUCGAAGAUCAUUAAAGGUGUUUUGGUUCGUGAUUAAGAGUAGAAGAUCAUCCUCUAUUUUGUGAUGGCAGUCGGUUGUGGUCACUGUUUAAUUAAUAAUUGAAAUGGCCGAUCUUGAUUGGGAGCAGAAGACGCAAUCUGAUACGGCACAAAUGUUCGAGAAGAAAAAGGAUCUCCUGUCGACUGCCAUGAAGAGGACCAGUGAAUGGAUUUUUUCUCAAGAAAUCCCUAGUGAUUUAACCGUUGUCGCCGGUGGAACUUCCUUUUCCCUGAACAAGUUUCCUUUAAUCUCGAAAUGUGGAUACAUAAGGAAGGUCGUCUCGGAUUCCUCCAAGUCCGAGGUUUCUGUAAUCGACAUCCCCGAUGCACCCGGCGGCGCCGAGGCAUUCGAACUCGCGGCGAAAUUUUGCUACGGAAUUAACUUCGAGAUCAAUACGGAGAACAUUGCGAUGCUUAGAUGUGUCGCAGAGUUUCUCGAGAUGACCGAGGAAUGCGCCGUCGGGAAUUUGAUUGGCCGAACCGAGGCAUACAUAAACGAAGUGGCGUUGAAGAGCCUUGCGGGGGCGGUGUCCAUUUUACAUUCUUGCGAGGAUCUUUUUCCGACUGCCGAGAAAGUAAAAUUGGUUAGCCGUUGCAUCGACACCAUUGCGUUUGUUGCCUGUAAGGACAGCCAGUUUGCAGUUCCGAUGAGGGGCGACGGUGGGCUAAACGACAUCGGUUCUUACAACUCAAAGCCCGUUGUCGAUUGGUGGGCGGAAGAUUUGGCUGUCCUAAGGAUCGAUCUCUUCCAAAGAGUUCUUAUUGCGAUGAUCGCUCGGGGAUUCAAACAGUACGCUCUCGGUCCGAUACUCAUGCUGUAUGCGCAGAAAUCGCUUCGUGGUUUGGACAUAUUCGGGAAGGACAGAAAGAAAAUCGAUCCUAGACAAGAACACGAGAAAAGGGUCAUUUUAGAAACGAUCGUCAGUCUUCUGCCAAGGGAGAAGAACGUGAUGUCGGUCAGCUUCCUCUCGAUGCUUCUCAGGGCUGCGAUUUACUUAGAAACGACGGUUGCUUGCAGACUCGAUCUCGAGAAGAGAAUGGCGCGGCAACUUGGGCAGGCCGUGCUCGACGAUCUCUUGAUCCCUUCUUACAACUUCACCGGAGACACGUUGUUCGAUGUUGACACCGUGCAGCGGAUCAUGACGAACUUUCUAGAAUCCGAAACGGAGGUGAACAAAGCGGGUUAUCACUCGGACGACGAUUACGUCUUCUCGCCGUCGCAUAGCGACGUCACGAGAGUUACCAAAUUGAUGGAGAAUUACCUUGCGGAAAUUGCGUCCGAUCGCAAUUUAUCCGUUCCAAAGUUCAUUAGCCUCGCUGAACUCAUCCCCGAGCAGUCCCGAGCGACCGAGGACGGCAUGUAUCGAUCCGUUGACAUAUACUUAAAGGCUCAUCCCGCGUUAAGCGACAUGGAGAGGAAGAAAGUGUGCGGCGUGAUGGACUGCCAAAAGCUUUCGAGAGAGGCGUGCGCGCAUGCCGCGCAGAACGACCGGCUUCCCGUCCAGACGGUCGUUCAAGUGCUUUAUUACGAGCAGCAGCGACUUCGGGAUGCGAUGGACGGUAGUUUAAGCGAGUCGUCGCCGUCGACGGCGGCUGCGAGACAGAGCCCGUUUUCGCGGGACAUUCACUGCACCGACGAGGUCUCGAAUCUGCGGCGGGAAAAUCAGGAUCUGAAGCUGGAGCUGCUGCAGAUGAAGAUGAGAAUGAAGGAAGUCGAAAAGGGUGUGGAUAAGACGCAGCCGUCGGGAAGUCCGGCAGUGCCGUCGAUCGGAAAACCUCCGCUGCCGCGGAAAUCGUUCAUGAGCUCUGUGUCGAAGAAGCUCGGGAGAUUGAUUAAGGCGGACGGGAUCAUGGCGCAAGGGUCGAGGGCGAGGACUAGGCCAGCAAAGGACCGGCGGCAUUCGAUAUCGUAAGAUGUUCGGACAACAGGUUUGAUGUCGGGUUUCUUACGUAAAAAUGGGAUCGGUACUUCUGCUUCUUCUUCGAUGCCUUAUGUUUUCUUGUUUAUUGUUGUGAUUUUUGGUGUUGUGUGGAUUAUUGUCAUGUGUUUGUCGUUGUAAAAAUUGUAAUGUACUCGAUGUACGAUAUGUGAAUUGAUGAAAACGUUGCAGUGUUGAGACGAUCGUUAUGUUUGUUUUA